AUGCUCAGAUUAUCCUCAAACUCCUCAGAUUAUCCUCAGACUACUCCUCAAACUCCUCAGACUACUCCUCAAACUCCUCAAACUCCUCAGAUUAUCCUCAAACUACUCAGAUUAUCCUCAAACUCCUCAGACUACUCCUCAAACUCCUCAAAUUAUCCUCAGACAACUCCUGAAACUACUCCUCAGACAACUCCUCAGAUUAUCCUCAAACUCCUCAGACUACUCCUCAAACUACUCCUCAAACUACUCCUCAGACUACUCCUCAACCUCCUCAGAUUAUCCUCAAACUCCUCAGAUUAUCCUCAAACUCCUCAGACUACUCCUCAAACUCCUCAGACUACUCCUCAAACUCCUCAAACUCCUCAGAUUAUCCUCAAACUACUCAGAUUAUCCUCAAACUCCUCAGACUACUCCUCAAACUCCUCAGAUUAUCCUCAAACUCCUCAGAUUAUCAUCAAACUCCUCAAACUACUCCUCGGUCUAAUCCUCAGACUCCUCCUCAGAUUAUCCUCAGAUUAUCACUUUACAUAUAUAUAUCGAUAA